AUGUCGUCCUGCUCGCGAACUGAGGAUGGAAGCAGCAAGGUCACGGCAUCCCGUCGCAUCCCAUUGCGGACACGCAGCACUGCCUCUGCUGGCGGAGCCCAGGCCAAGGAGAAUGCUGGCGUCACUGGUGUCCCAUCGAGGGGUGCUCGCUACGGCCUCGAUGGUGGUGCUGCCGAUGCCGGUCCAUCAAAGCCAGCCUCCACGGUGACUGCGGCCACAAAGGCGUCGGCUGCUUCGGCUGCCUCUGGCGUUCUCGGAACUCGGAAGCGAGCUGCGCUCGGCGAUCUCACAAACGCCAACCGCACCCGAUCCACCAUGGCCGGCAACGACGACAAGGGCAAAGCUGCUCUCAAGGACGCCAUCAAACCUCGUGCCACCACCUCGGCUUCGACAUCGUCGCGAUCAGCCGUCGCUGCUACCACCACCACCGCCGCCGCCGUCAACGGCACUGGCGCUGCUCGUCGCAUCGUUCGUACCCGACCCACCACCACCACCACCACUGCCGGCCCCGAUGCUGCUGCAGACCGCCCCUUCCGUGCCUCUAGACGUGUCGCCGGCACCACUACCUCCACCACAUCCGGCAUCCCAUCAGCAACGUCCAGAUCGACUUCCACCGCCACCGCCACCACUGGCGCUUCCGCUGUCGCCGCCGCCCGUAAGGGCUCGAUGGUUCGCACCAGCUCGGCCAGCUCGCAGACCGGUCUUCGUCGUGAUGUUUCCAACACCUCCGUCGCCACCACCGCUUCUGCCGCUCCGACUACCCAUGCAUCGCGGUCAUCAAAGACCCAGCUCAAUGAGGUUCGCGAUACGGACGAUAAGAUGGAGGCGCCCCAAGCCAAGCGUCUCAAGACCGAGCAGGCCGACAAGCCUGCCAAGGACGAAGGAUGGGAGGACCUUGACGCCGAAGAUGCCGAAGACCCGCUCAUGGUCGCCGAGUAUGUCAACGACAUCUUCGAGUAUAUGAAGGAGCUCGAGAUCAUCAACAUGCCCAACGGAGACUACAUGGCCAACCAGAAGGAGAUCAACUGGGACGUGCGCGCCAUCCUCGUCGAUUGGCUCGUCGAUGUCCACGCCAAAUUCCGCCUGCUUCCCGAGACGCUCUACCUCGCCGUCAACAUCAUCGACCGCUUCCUGUCUCGACGCACCAUCUCGCUCUCCAAGCUUCAGCUCGUCGGCGUCACCGCCAUGUUCAUCGCCUCCAAGUACGAAGAGGUCAUGUGCCCUUCGAUCCAGAACUUCUACUACCUUGCCGAUGGCGGUUACACCGACGUCGAGAUCCUCAAGGCAGAACGCUACGUGCUCAAGGUGCUCGACUUUAGCAUGUCGUACGCCAACCCCAUGAACUUCCUUCGUCGCAUCAGCAAGGCCGACAACUACGACAUCCAGACGCGUACGGUCGCCAAGUAUUUUAUGGAGAUCUCGUUGCUCGACUACCGUCUCAUGGAGCACCCUCCAUCGCUCGUCGCCGCCGCCUCCGUCUGGCUUGCCCGCGAGGUGCUCGAGCGCGGUGAGUGGACGCCCACGCUGGUGCACUACUCUACCUACUCGGAGCAGGAGCUGCUGGGUACCGCCGAGAUCAUGCUCGACUACUGCCUGCGACCCAUCACGCACCAAUUCUUCCACAAGAAGUACGCGCACAAGAAGUUCAUGCGUGCUUCGACCUACGUGAUCGACUGGGCGCACAAGGGUUUCCCCGAAGGCGUGGUGGGUGUCGACGAGGAGCAGGACCUCAACGUGCUCCGCAUCGACCUAUACGAGCGCAAGGAGAUCGAGCGACCCGAGCAGUCGCCCAUUUCUUCGUCGCGCGCCAACACGCCUGCCAGCAUGCACGGCCAGGCUCACUUUGAUGCCGAGCCGAGUCAAAACGUCGACGAGGACGAGACCUACUCGUACGCCCACGACGACGAGGAUGAGGGGGUGGACGAAGGAGCAGAAGAGUUGGAUGACGAUGUGCAGAUCCUCGACGAUGUCAAGGGCGGUCAACGUCAAGAUACCCGACAGGUGCUGGGCGACGUCACCAAUGCGUACGAGGCGACCGAGACGUUUUGA